GAUACCUCAUUUUCAUUGCCAGUCCUUACGGGAAGAUCUAAUGGACAACAGCCUGCUUGGCAAUGCUGACCGACAACCCUUUCCUAAGAAUGCACGAAAAUGGUGGAACAUUGGUGAGACCAUGCACAAAGGACGGUCAAGAGACGGGAAACGUUUUAGGAACUUCAAGAUAGGAUCAAUACAAUAUACCAUACUAUAUCAACAUCCUCCAUUAUCAAUCCUCUUUGCACUGCUUAUCUUCACCGUUUUCGCCAUAACGUUGACUCUGUCAUUAAAGUACAUAUUGAAUCCCGAUAGAGAGCCUUUGCCAUGGCAAGCUUAUUGCUCGAUCCCUUCUUCAACGACUACUCCUCCAAUGUAUCGCUCAGCGUCACCAUACCCGUAUCUGGAUCUAAGUUCGAACGCGUCGUCCGUAUUUCUCCCUCAUGACCUGGACUGUCUACCUCCAACAGGCAUAUUUUUAGGCGUGUUCUCCAUGGACACUUCCUUUGAGCGAAGGAUGCUCAUACGUACUACAUGGGCCAGUCAUCCACGAAGUCGCAACGGUGCGGGCGAUGGAGACCAAGGUUUAGGCACCUCCCGGACUGUGGUUCGCUUUAUUAUCGGUAGGCCUCGUAAAGACUGGGAGCGAAGGAUUCAGACAGAAAUAGAGCUGUACCAUGAUAUCGUUAUCCUCCCCAUUACAGAGAACAUGAACUCUGGAAAAACUCAUUCAUACUUUACAUGGGCGGCUUCUAGUGCCUGGGUUCCUCCCAACUACUUUAAUAGGACUGUCUCUCGCCAAUUCUCGUACUCCAAUGCCACAUCUCCCGAGCCCCUCCUAGCCCAUCACGAUCCCGCUGCAGCUUGGGAGCAUCGCUCCUCUGGCCAAUCAAAACCAUGGGUGCGGCCAGAUUAUGUAGCGAAGGUCGACGACGACGCAUUUGUUAUGCUUGCCGAGCUUGAAUCGCGCCUUCGGCUUGAGCUUUAUUCUGAAACUCAAAAGCCAUAUGGGGCCAAAGGUUUAGAGGCUGGAGUGAAUGUGACUGCUAUACCUACACACUCUUCUUCAGAUGGCAUCAUCGGAGAUGCCUUGUCACAUACAGGAUGCUCCCCACUCUCUGCUCAGUCUCGAGACCCUUUAGUCUAUUGGGGUUACUUGGUAAAAGAACGGUUUAUGGCAGGGGAACUAUAUGCCCUCACCUGGAGUUUGACUGAAUGGGUAUCAGUUACCCCGGCUGUCAAAGCACUGAGCAAGGGCGCAGAAGACAAACAAACUGCAAAAUGGAUGGCCCUCCAUCCGCGUUCAAAUGAAAUUCGAUGGUCGAGCGAGCGCUGUUGGAUAUACGAUCAUCCUCGUUCGGGUACUGUGUACUCCCAUGGCUUUUUGUUCCCUUCUGAGGUUACACGUAUCCGUCAACGGGUAUUGUCUUAUAUUGCUGGCGCAAGUUCCACAUUGCCACUCAAUGUGCCGAUACCAACGGAAUGGUCUCUGUCGAGCGUUUCGACUUUUGGCGUGCGAUAUUCUCCUCCACUCUCAGACAUGUCAUUGUUAGAAAGUGUUGAGGCCCUUGUUGAAGGAAGCCACAUGUCCAGAAUACGAGAAGAUAGCACCACGGAAGCCGAAAUUGCCUGGAGUCGUCGGGAGAGUCGAAACAUACGAUACGAAAAUAAACGUGUGGGCGGUACGGUUGUCGUACAUUUCGUCAAGAAGCAUAUGUGGUUCUUGGAGACAGCUCUGGCUAUGUUGGAUGACGAAAAUUACUCUGACAAAUAGACUGAAUGUUGGCUAAAGAAAGCUACCUUAAUGUCGGCAUAGACGAAUCCUCAGGCCAGU